AUGGUAGAAUGCUCUAUAAAUCGAUAACAUUAGUCUUCAUUGGUAUUUUUUUAAUUUUCGAAAAUAAUACACAGUGAAAGAAGGUAAAUAAUAAAAGAAAAAAUCAAUCUGGGAUUAAUUCAGAAACGAAGAAAGACUUUUAUUUUAACUUUUUUGGCUAAAAAAGUCAAAAAUCUCUAGAAAAAACUCAAGGAUAUAUAGCAAAUCUUGAAGAAUUAUAAAGAACUAAAGAAUUGA